ACUCACUCAGCCAAAUGAAUCCGACCUCGACAGUACUGCCCUCACAUUGAUUCGAUUACAAACAGUUUUUGGGAUAAGUGCAAAAACACUGAUUCAAGAAAAGAUGGAUGAUAACAGAGACGGCUUAAGGUUUGCAGCGAGCGAUUGUUUUCGACUUGGAAAACAAGCGGCCAUUAGUAUGAACUUUUCACUUGCAUCAGAGUGGUAUCAAGAGGGAUUAUUCAUCAAAGAAAAAGAAUUCCAGGCUGUACCAGUGCUUAGCAGCUUUUUUAAGAAGGAAGUAGACAUGGGCAUGAAUUUGGUGAAAGGCCUGAUAGCCAACGGUCCUGAUCUUGAACGUCUACUGAGGAAGGCCAUUGCACAAACUCCUACCAAAGUGUUAAACGUAUCCAGUAUUGCGCAAGGCAUCCCAGCGCAUUAUUUUUCGGAAAGAAAAGAAGACAAAUCCAUCCAUGAACAUAUCAGGAUGUGGGAGAGUUACAUUCGACUUUGUAGGGGAGAAGAUCUAAGGUCACACAUGGUGAAAGCAGGUUUAAAGUGUGUUCACAUUUCGGAAUACAAUUCAGCCAAUUACUUCAAGCCGUUAAAAAUGGAAGUUGUUUGGACGGAUCCUCUGAUCGCACUUUAUCAUGGCGUUAUUAGAGAAAAAGAGAUUGAAACUCUGAAGAAACUGUCUAUGCCAAAGUUACAAGCGCAAGAAACUGCCAACAAGACGUGCAAGUACCUUGAUGAGAACUUCCACCACACCAGUAAAAUCACAUUUCUAGAGGAUACGGAGCACCCCCUUGUGGUGAGACUAUCGAAAACAAUUACAGCCAUCACUGGUAUGGAGACGCAUGGUGCUUUACAGGUGGUGAACUAUGGUUUCGGAGGGCAUUUCGUCACACAUGUUGAUGAUUCGAACGAUGAGAAGGAUUAUAGCAGUGACAAAUCUGGAGCCAAAAUAAUGUUUUUCCUCAAUGACGUAAAAAAAGGAGGUUCUACGGUUUUCCCGAAAAUUGGAGUUGGAGUCGUGCCAACAAAAGGAGCAGCCCUUUUAUGGUACGACUUUCCCCAAAAUGGCGAAAAAUGUGUUAGAACAAUGCAAACCACUUGCCCAGUACUUAUGGGAACAAAAUGGGUUGCAAGUAAGUGGAUGAGGAAAGUGGGAACGAGAUGACACUGCAAAAUAAAUUCGUAACUUUAAAUAAAAAAGGUUUGUGUGCA